AUUUAUUAAUCUCAGCUGUAACUGUAAAGUACUCACAAUGUUUCUUAAUAAGACAGCAUUUUCAGACCUUUUCAGGCAACUGUUUCAGUAAGUUCUGCCAAAAAUGUUUUUUUCCCCCACAUCUUUGUCACAUGCCCCUCCAAAACAAGCCUCACGAAGCCCAUCCCUCUCUCUUCCAGCAUGCUUAUUUAACAUCACAGCCAUUCCUAAAUAAAUCUGCCACGCAAAGUCACCUCCUGACAAGUGGAUAUAAAACAGAAGGGAAAGAGAAACAUUUUCACGUCCGGAGAAUGGAUUCACAUGUGGCAGAAAUGCACACCACCGGUUUGAGGUCGCCUGUGUUUUUUCACAUCCUCUAUGGUGUGUGCCUGUGUUUGGGUGUGCUCUGUGUGCUCUUUGUCAGCCUCUGGUGCGUGUUGUGGCACGGGGGCUUCGCCUGGGAUGGCUCAGACCAGCAGUUUAACUGGCAUCCUGUCCUCAUGGUGUCCGGCCUGGUCGUUCUCUACGGCCUGGCGGCCGUGAUUUAUCGAGUGCCCUUCACCUGGAAGCAGAAGAAGUUCACAUGGAAGUUGGUGCAUGCUGGAUUGUUGCUGUCGGCUCUUGUUCUGGCCGUCCUGGGCUUGUGUGCUGUGUUUGACUUUCACAGAGCCGCGGGCAUCCCUGACCUGUACUCUGUUCACAGCUGGGUGGGCAUCUGUACUGUGGUCAUGUUUGCAUUUCAGUGGGCCCUUGGCUUCGCUGGCUUCUUGUUGCCCUGCUUUCCUCGGCGGCUCCGUACCUACCUCAAACCAGUCCACAUCUGGCUGGGGAUAGCCAUCUUAAUUCUCAGCUUGACCUCCUGCAUCAGCGGAAUUAACGAAAAACUGUUCUUUUCUCUUAAUGGAGUCUCCGGAGAAGCCUACAAGUCACUGCCAGCAGAAGCAACGUUUGCUAAUUUUCUGGGUAUCCUCCUUGUGGCUUUUGGGCUGGUUGUCUUUGGAAUCUUGUCCAAAGCCCAGUGGAAGCGGCCGGAAACAGAUGAGAGUGUUUACCCUCUGCUCAGUGAAAACGGCACAUGAAAUCCAGGCAUGAAAGUCCAGAGGUUCGGUGAUUUCUUUACAACCAGACGAAAACUGCGACAGUAUCAUUGUUAGCAGAGGAUGGAUUGAACAACUCAUUGUUGUUACAAACUGACAGAUUGUUUGUUUGCUGACUGAAAUGGUCAAAUGAAUCGAGAGGGAAAGCCUCCUUAUACGAAUGUCAUUCCAGUUUACUGCAAUGUGUCUUCCUUGUUUUUUCAUGGAUCUUAUGUAUUCUGGAGAAUUUACUUUUCA